UAAAAGAAACACCAACAAGAACAAGAAAAAGAAAAAGGAAAUGUGGAGGUUGAAGAUAGCAGACGGUGGAAAUGACCCAUAUCUCUUCUCCACAAACAAUUUCGUGGGAAGGCAAACAUGGGAGUUCGAUCCUGAGGCAGGAAGCCCCGAGGAGCGAGCCCAGGUUGAAGCUGCCCGUCUCAAUUUCUAUAACAAUCGCUUCCGUGUCAAGGCCUGUUCUGAUCUUCUGUGGCGCUUUCAGUUUCUGAGAGAAAAGAACUUCCGACAAAUAAUAGGUAGUACGAAGAUAGAGGACGAAGAGAUUACGUACCAGAAUACAACAGCGGCGUUAAGAAGGGCCACCCAUUACCUAUCAGCAUUGCAAGUUACUGAUGGCCAUUGGCCUGCUCAAAUAGCUGGUCCACUCUUUUUUCUUCCUCCUUUGGUAUUUUGCAUGUACAUUACAGGCCAUCUUGAUUCAGUAUUCCCAGAAGAGCACCGCAGAGAGAUGCUUCGUCAUAUUUAUUGCCACCAGAAUGAAGAUGGGGGGUGGGGAUUACACAUAGAAGGACAUAGCACCAUGUUUUGUACUGCACUCAACUACAUAUGUAUGCGCAUUCUUGGAGAAGGGCCUGAUGGAGGUCAAGAUGAUGCGUGUGCUAGAGCUCGCAAGUGGAUUCAAGAUCAUAAUGGC